AUGUCAUUUCAGUGUCCACAUUUAAAUAAGGAAAACAGUAAAAAGAAUGAAUUUUAUAUAAAGUGUGGUACUGAAAUAUUUAAACCAUUUCUUCCUAAUUUUUAUAGUGUAAAGAAUGAAUAUCUGAAUUAUAUUAAGGAAAUCAAUGAUCCCAUCUUACGACACAUUUCUAUUUAUUUUGUACAAUAUUAUAUAGAUGGGUACCACUAUUAUGGUGAGAGUCAUCAUACUUACAGAAGCGAAGCUUGCAAAUAUCUCAAUAGAUGGUUACAAGAAAAAAAAGAUUUAUUCACGUAUGGUGAGCAGUGUCAAACAAAAAUGAAUUUAUGGGAAAGUAAAUUUAAAAAUCUGUGGGAUAUGUUAAAAAAUGAAUACACUAUUCCAAACACUAAUGAGAAAAAACCAUGGUGCGAUAAAAUUAACUUAUCAUUAACAACCAAAUAUCCUCAUGAAUUGACAUCACUUAAUUGUGUAGAAAGCAUUUCUCAAGAAUCUAGUAGUUCUGAUCCCCGUCCUCAACAAGUUAUAACGGAUUGCGAAUGUACUGAAACUGUAGUUCCUAUAAGUCUCGCACAGCAAAAUCAUGUCCCAGAAAUGGAUCGAACUAAAAAUAUUGUGGCUACUUCAGGCUUUACAGCUUUUGGAACAAUUGGCACUUUACUUCUAUUAUAUAAG